CCCGCCUCGGAUCCGGGGCUCAGGGCUGCUGUCUUAGAACGCGGCGACUAGGAGAUAGAGGGGAGCAAGGGGCACUUGCUACGAUCCUUUUAGCGGUCUCUCUCCCCCGGAGCUUGAAAUGCUUUACCUGAUCGGCUUGGGCCUGGGAGAUGCCAAAGACAUCACAGUCAAGGGACUGGAAGUUGUAAAGCGAUGCAAUCGAGUCUACCUGGAAGCCUACACCUCAGUCCUGACUGUAGGAAAGGAAGCCCUGGAAGAGUUUUAUGGAAGAAAACUGAUUCUUGCUGAUAGAGAAGAAGUGGAACAGAAUGCAGAUAAUAUUUUAAAAGAUGCAGACCUAAGUGAUGUUGCUUUCCUUGUGGUUGGUGAUCCCUUUGGCACUUUAUGCUUACUAGACAUCAGAGUAAAGGAGCAGUCUUUGGAAAAUCUAAUCAAGGGACGGAAGAUCUAUGAGCCUCCCAGCUAUAUGAGUGUGAACCAAGCAGCUCAACAGCUUCUGGAGAUUGUUCAAAAUCAAAGAGUUCGAGGAGAAGAACCAGCCAUCACCGAGGAGACACUUUGUGUGGGCCUAGCCAGAGUUGGAGCUGAGGACCAGAAAAUUGCAGCAGGCACGCUGCAGCAAAUGCGCACUGUGGACUUGGGAGGACCACUACAUUGCUUGAUCAUCACAGGAGGUAGCAUGCAUCCUCUGGAGACCGAGAUGCUAAAUCUCUUCUCCAUCCCAGAGGAUGCCUCAGAAUGUCACCACAGUGAUGCCCUCUGAAUGUGGACGUUAUCUGUUGUUAUUUUCUUUCAUAUCUGUAUGUACAUAUAUUUGUAUAAUCGGACAAGUCUCUUUUUGCCUUAUAAGUAUAAAACAGAGCCAGGAAGAAAGACAUUGACUCAACAGUGCGUGGCUUCCUGGGACCAUGAGUUUCUCUGUGCCACGACAUGCCGUCAUCAGCUCUUGGCUGCUCUGUUGGCAGCAACUUUCCGGGACGGCCACAUGGCGCAGGCCGAGCCAGAGCACGCCCCAGACAGAGUCACUUUAAAAGCAACUUUCAUUUGUAAAAUCCGUUUUUACAAAGUGUCACAGACCAUAACUUUGAGAGAUAACUGGAAUGUGAAUCGCUUUGAAUUAAGCAAAAGUGCCAGAGUAAAAAAGGAAAAAGAAAAGCAAAUAAAAAGAUUGUUAACCAUU